GUGUCUGGCAUUGGCCACGUCACUGAACGCCGCCUUCAGGCAUUUGGUGUGCAUGUCUGCGGUGACAUUUUGCCGAAGCGGGGCGUGUUAUUCCAUCUUCUACAGAGGUCCACCUUGCUUCAUUGUCUUCGGGUGGCUCUUGGCCAUAGCCAAGAUGACUGGCUUCCUCAUGGCCUUAAGAAUCUAUCCAAAGUAGGAAGCUCUCCAGAAAAAGCUAAAUGUGCUGUCCCAUCCACCUCUCAUUCUGCAUUCGGGCUGGAUCGAAAGAGCAUUAGCGUAGAAAGGAUGGCAGCAAACUCAAGGCAUGUGAGUCCUUCACCUGAGGCCGAUUUUGAUCAUAUUGCACAUUCGAUUGAAAUGUGA